UUCCGGGAGUCGCGGGGCGCCGCCAUGGCCGCCGGUGGCGCGGACAAGGUGUCGGUGCUGCUGCCCACGUACAACGAGCGCGAGAACCUGCCGCUCGUCGUCUGGCUGCUGGCGCGCAGCUUCGAGGCGAGUGGAUACAACUUUGAAAUUAUAAUCAUAGAUGAUGGAAGCCCUGAUGGGACACAGGAAGUUGCUGAACAAUUGGUAAAGAUAUAUGGAUCAGAUAAAAUACUUUUAAGACCUCGAGCAAAAAAGUUGGGCCUGGGCACUGCUUAUAUUCAUGGAAUGAAGCACGCUACUGGGAAUUUUAUUGUUAUUAUGGAUGCUGACCUUUCUCACCAUCCAAAAUUUAUUGCAGAAUUUAUCAGAAAGCAGAAAGAAGGCAAUUUUGAUAUUGUAUCUGGAACAAGAUAUAAAGGAAAUGGAGGAGUGUAUGGCUGGGAUUUGAAAAGAAAAUUAAUCAGUCGUGGUGCCAAUUUUAUAACUCAGGUUUUGCUGAGACCAGGUGCAUCUGACUUAACUGGGAGUUUCAGGUUAUACAGAAAAGAAGUCUUACAGAAACUAAUGGAAAAAUGUGUUUCUAAAGGAUACGUGUUCCAGAUGGAGAUGAUUGUUCGGGCUAGACAGUUAGGAUAUACUGUUGGAGAGGUUCCUAUUUCAUUUGUGGACCGUGUCUAUGGAGAAUCUAAACUGGGAGGCAAUGAAAUAGUCUCCUUCUUAAAGGGACUCUUGACUUUGUUUGCUACAACGUGAUAGUUUAUCCUAAAUUAACGUUUUUAGAAAAACAUUUUCUAAGAUCUGUGAAGUUUUUAAUAUAUUGUAGCGGAAGCUUGAUAAUUUGCCUGGUUACCAGAAGACUCACUGCAAACUAACAAUUAAAUGGAUCAACAAUAGUAGAGCAAAGAUAUUGUAUCACAGAAUACUCCUUUCAAAAUAAAUGAACUGUAUGUUAAACUAGUCAAAAUAGACUAAUGCUCUAUGCUAUUUUUCUUUAAAAGAAAAAAAGUCUUAAUAAAGAACACAAAUACACCUAAAUGAUCUUUUGCAUUUAGAAAUGAAUCAUUAUUCAGCAGGAGGUAAAGAUCAUUUUGAAAUAAAGAAAAGCAAGGACAAAAAAAAAAAUACAGAAUUAGUCUUAUCUUUGUACUGUGGUUUGCAGAUAGGAUUUUCAAUACAUAUAUACUAGUUAGUUCCCUUUCUUUCCUGAACAAAUAUAUACAUGUAUCUCAAUGCAUAUGUAAAACACUAUUUCUGCAAAAAAAUGAUAAAAGCUUGUGUAGUUUAAGAGGCAGUACAGAUGAGUACAGUGAUUUAUUCUUUGCUCCUAGACUGGAAUGAUGUAAUACUCUUUUAAAGAAACAGAUACAUGUGUGGAAUAA